AUGGCCCUCGAAAUCCUGACCAAGAUCACCUCUGCCUUCGGGCACGAACUGAAGGGCGACAGCAACCGGUUCGAUGAGCUCGUGUUGGCGUUGAAGGAGGCCCUGGGCCCGUCGUCGGGGUUGGACUCGGCUGACGUCGACGUCAAGGAGUUGAUGGAGCUGAUGGAACAAUACAACUCAAGGGAGAGCGAAUGGAUCCAAUUUGCAUUCGCCGAGAAGAGCAUGGGAUACACAAGAAACCUCGUCGACGAGGGUAAUGGCAAGAGCAAUCUCCUUGUGCUUGUCUGGUCUCCGGGCAAGGGCAGUCCCAUCCACGACCACGGCAACGCCCAUUGCCUCAUGAAAAUCCUCAAGGGCAACCUGACUGAGAUCCGAUAUGCCUUCCCCGAGGGCGAGGAAGAACAACCGAUGAAAGUGAUGUCUGAGAGAACACAUAAGGAGAAUGCGGUGGCAUACAUGGCAGACGAACUUGGCGUCCACCGGGUCUGCAACAGGGGCAGCGACUUCGCCGUAUCCCUUCACCUGUACACCCCGCCCAAUGUCGCUAAGGGAGGAUGCAACAUCUUCAAUGAGAAGACUAGUAAGAGUAGUCAUGUAGCCAAGUGCGGCUACUACUCGGCGUACGGCCGCCGACUGCCGAAGCAGUAA